UAUUUCAAUCUUGUUUGACAAACUGUACUUUGCUUUGAUUGUAAGAUGUAUCAAUUAGUAUAUCAAUCAAUCUACAUCUGUCCCGUGGAAAUGUGUUCGGUUCCCCGUAUCUUCAUGGCCGUAGCUUCUUUUGCUCUUUCUGUUUCCGUAUAGUUAACUUUCCUCUCUUCAUCUCUUCUUUCGGUUAGCUUAGGAACCAAUUUUCCUCUUUAUUCCACAAGUCUGAUUUUGUUUCUCAUACUCGAUCAAGACAUAUACAUACACAUAUAUAUUUUCUUGAUUCUUAGUUUCAACGGAUCAUUACAUCAUGAGAAGCUCGAGAGGCGGCCAAAUGGUAACGGAAAGCAGCAAAAACCAGCGGAGACAAAAAUUCGGCAACAUUUUGCACCAGUCUGAUCAUGCCGAUGAAGAAGAAUACCAUACCCGCAUCAGCAGCACAUCUGAUGCUACCCCAGCAAAUCACGAACAAAAUUCUCGACUGAGUUCCGAGAUCAAUACCUCCCUGUACAGCACGCCUUCUUAUGACCAAUCAUCUCCAUGUUCAGCACCCUCAUGGGAUCAAUUAGCAUCUCAAAUCCCAACCGACCUAGUAUCUCCUUUGUCAGGGUCCCCAUGGUCCUCCCAUGUUGAGAUGGCAAGUGAUAGUUAUUCUUAUACUGGUCUAAUGGGGUCCCUGGUUCGUGAAGAAGGUCACAUUUAUUCGUUAGCAGCUACGCGGGACAUGUUGUACACGGGAUCAGAUAGCAAGAGCAUAAGGGUGUGGAAGAAUCAGAAGGAAUUUUCAGGAUUCAAAUCAAACAGUGGGUUGGUUAAAGCAAUUAGUAUUGCUGGUGAAAGAAUAUUUACGGGUCAUCAAGAUGGAAAAAUAAGAAUGUGGAAAGUAUCUGCCAAGGACCCUAGCAUUCACAAGCGCAUUGGCACAUUACCGACCAUGAAAGCUCGUAUUAAAAGCUCAAUCAAACCAAGCAAUUACGUUGAGGUGAGGAGAAACCGUAAUGUGGUCUGGAUCAGGCAUUUUGAUGCCAUCUCAUCUCUCAGCCUCAGCGAGGAUAAGAGCCUUUUGUAUUCAGCGUCAUGGGACAAAACCAUUAAGGUUUGGAGGAUAUCAGAUUCAAAAUGUUUGGAAUCUAUACAAGCCCACGACGAUGCAGUAAACACUGUCGUUGCAGGAUUUGAUGGGUUAGUCUUCUCUGGAUCAGCUGAUGGAAGCGUCAAAGUAUGGCGAAGAGAGUUGCAAGGAAAGGGAACAAAACAUUUCUUUUCGCAAACUCUGUUAAAGCAAGAAUGUGCAGUAACAGCAUUGGCUGUCGAUCCUUCUGCUACUAUUCUCUACUGUGGUUCGUCAGACGGGCUAGUGAAUUUUUGGGACCGUGAAAAGCUAAGUCACUGUGGAAUUUUGAGGGGUCAUAAGCUGGCUGUUCUAUGCUUGGCUACAGCAGGGAACUUAGUCUUUACUGGAUCAGCUGACACAAAUAUUUGCGUCUGGAAAAGGGAGGAGGGUGAUCAUAUUUGUUUGUCAGUAUUGAAUGGCCAUUCUGGCCCGGUGAAAUGCUUGGCUGUUGAAGAGGAGAAGGUUGCAAUGGGGGCUGAUGGGUAUUGUAUUCUGUAUAGUGGUAGCCUGGAUAAGUCGGUCAAGAUAUGGAGAGUGUCCCCGCAACCGGCACAUGUGCAGCAGCAGCAGCAGAUCACCCAAGAGGCCGAGCGUUGUUGUGCUCAACCCAGAAAUUUGCCAUCAAUCCAUAGCUUCUCGUCACAAAAUAGUAGGGUAAGUCAAAGGAGGCAUUUCUAGGAGACAACGUAACCUUCAAAUUUCUCGGAUUUUGGCAUAUUAGAAUUUUGCACUAGCAUAUCAAUUGCGCUGGGAAUUUGGUUUUGGAAGUUUGAAUUGCGUGCAUAUACAGACGGAGUUAAUUAAUUAACGUAAAGCUUCUCAUUGUAAUUAUAGCUAGCUGUCAUGGGUUCCCAUUCAUUAAUCAACUGCAAAUUACAAAAUUAAAUAUGUAUAUACGAUUACAAGCUCUAUACAAGGGGCCUGAUGGGUCGCUUUGAAAUUUGAACAAAGCAAGCAAUAGAACAUUUUGGCUCGCAA